AUGGCAGCCACAAGCAGGGGCAGCUUCUUGGCCUCCAGCUUGGUAGCAAGACAAUCUUCGAUAUGCGCCAGCUGUAGGAUAUCCCCAAUUGCCCUCCAGAGCAGAACGUACUCGGCAGCAGCAGAUGCUGCAACAUCAGCCGAAGCCCACCACCUCAAGCCCACCGAGGACAACCCGACCCCUCCCUUCACAACAUCGCGGAAAUCCGAGUACCGCAUAAGAGGCGGCAUCAUCUUGACCCGCGCGCCACUUAUCACGCGGCCGCUCACGCCUUUCGAGAAUGCCUUUUUCUUCUACCAGAAACGCCUAAACGAGCGCCUCGUCCUUCCGUUCCGGCACACAUUGUUCUUCAAGAAGGACACAUCGGCGGAUAUCGACUGGCGGAUCAAGUUCAGAGAGCGCGGAAAAGUUGCGGCCAAGGAACUCGGGAGGUACUACGGCCAGGGCCGCAAUGCGUGGAACGACGAGCUGCUGGUCGGCAGCACUCUAAGCGACGAGGAGCGUGUCCGCCAAAUUCUGCUCAAGGACGCGGAGAGUCGGGUCACCGAGGAUGGAGAGGAGGCACAGCCAGACGACAUUGUCCCUGUUGAGCAGCCCAUGCCUAGACUGACAGAGGCGGACAAGACCAACAAUGUCAGGAGGCUGGACCGAGCACUGGAUCAAACAUUAUAUCUGGUUGUGCAGAAGGAGAAUGGCACGUGGCAGUUCCCUAGUGGAGAUGUCCGAACAGAUGAGAAUUUGCACGAGGCGGUAUCAAGAGUAUUGGAAUCGACAGCUGGUGUCAACAUGAACACCUGGGUCGUUGGACGUGUACCCGUCGCACACCUGGUCACCCAGCCCGAGUUUGCCUCAGACUCGUCGAUCAAGAAGCGCGGCGACAAGGUCUUCUUUCUCAAGGGCCGGAUUAUGGCGGGUCAGGCGGACCUCAAGGACAACAGGAUGGGCUACAAGGACUUCAACUGGCUCACAAAGGACGAGCUCAAGGAGAAGGUGGGCGGGGCGUACUUCAAGGCGGUACGAAACAUGAUGGCCGACAGGUGA